GGAUGUGUAUAAAACACAUCCCUCUCUCCAUCAGUCUCUCACUAUCUCACUCUCUCCAAAUACACUCACUUUCUACUUUGCUUUCUCAUUCUUCGUACAUCUCGUUACCAUGUCUGGGAUCCAGCAGGCCAUGUCUCUCCUCAUCGCCUCCUUCCACAAGUACUCUGGGAAGGAGGGAGACAAGUUCACCCUCAGCAAGGUUGAGCUGAAAGAGCUGCUCCAGGCUGAACUAGGGGAGAUGCUGGGGAAAGCCAGUGACAAGUCAGCAGUGGACAGAAUCUUCAAGGACCUGGACUCUAACAAAGACAACACUGUCGACUUCAAGGAAUAUGUCACUCUGGUGUCCUGCCUCACGGUGAUGUGCAAUGACUUCUUCAUAAAGAAGUAAGAGCGCCACCUAGCGGCCGUCAUGCAAAACUGCAGGAGGAGACUUCCAUUUUCUCUCCACUAAACAGAGGUUUCACGGGAGGGAGAUACACUUGGAGGACAAUGACAUGCAAACACAGUGAAGCAGUGUAGAGCAGUAAUAUUACAGUAAUAGAUAAUAGUCAGGUUGAAUCUGUGAAUGUGUCCUUGUCAUGCAAAUCCAUUGAUAAACAAAUUAGAUCAAUAAACAAAUUAGAUGAGUAUGUUCAGCCUA